UACGAAAUGGACGACAACUACUCGUAAUUGAACCCCCUCCCUCUCUCCCCCCGCUACCCCCCAUUCCACACCCCCUCGCUGCCGUGCCCUGCUACCCUCACCUACCUCAAAUUGCACACCCACAUCAGCGACAACUCUACGGAGAUACGCAAACACAAUCACCCCCCCCCGUGUCCCCGCUAUUCGUCAUAACCCCGGUUUCGUCGCUACUAGUGCGCCAUCAACCUCUAGUGAAACCCGCUUUUCCUUAGCAGCACACUCGUUCCCUACAAGCUGGUUGCUUGCACUCCCCACCGUCAUCGCCACCACCUUCACUUUCAAACUCCACAACACUGCAAGAUGGAGAACGCGCAAGUUGCUGACUGGCAUGGUUUUGCCAAUGACUACAGCCACAACAUCGAGAAUGGAGCUACGAACAUCCUGCGCCACCGUCGCCAGUCGAAUGUGAAUAUCGACGCCAUUCACGACCUCCAGCUCGAUGACUCGACCAUGGCGCCUGCCCAGCUCUACGCUACCGAGUCAGGCCGUCUUUUCCACUCCGGCAAGAUCGCUAUCGUAACCGUUGGACUUCCCGCCAGGGGCAAGACGCACGUCACUGUCGCGCUUACGAGAUACCUGAGAUGGCUCGGUGUCAAGACCCGCGCCUUCCACCUCGGUGAUUACCGUCGUGCGCAUAUGGGACCCGGCAAGGACGUUCCUCAUGACUACUUUUUCGUCAACGCUUCUGCCGAGGCUGUCAAGCUGCGUCAGACCAUCCUCCAGAAGUGUAGGCUUGAUCUUUACCACUUCUUCGACCACGAGAAGGGUCAGAUCGCGAUUUACGAUGCUGUCAAUCCGCUCGCCGAGGGACGUAGGCAGCUGGCCAAGGAGUUCGCCAAGCAUGAGAUCCAGACCAUCUUCAUCGAGUCGUACGUCGACGAUGAAUCGAUCAUCGAGGAGAACGUGAGAAGCGUCAAGAUUUCAUCUCCGGAUUAUGCUGGUUGGAACGCCGACGAAGCGGUGGCGCAUUACAUCAGCAGGAUGAACGCCAAGAUUCCGCAUUUUGAGACGAUGGCAGAGAAAGAUCUCAAUUACAUCAAGAUGAUCAAUGCUGGCCAGCGUUAUCAUGUCAACAAUUGCCGGUUUGGGUAUCUUCCCAACCGCAUUGUGUUUUACCUGAUGAACUUGCACAUCAAGUCCAGGAAGACCUACUUCGCGCGUGCCGGAAGCUCCGAUGAGGAAUACUCCUACAAGGCCGAUGCUGGCUUGUCCAAGGAAGGUGAAAAGUACGCCAAGCGUCUUGCCGAUGCGCUCAUGGGACACCGUGAGCAGGAACACCAGCAGUUCCUGGAGCAGGGAGGUUGCGAGACCGAACUGCGGCGUCUUACCAUCUGGACCAGCACCAGGCGCAGGACCGUGCAGACUGCGUCCCCCCUCAAGGACUUGGGCUUUGCUAUCCGGGAGAAGACCCAGUUGGCGCAGCUUAACCCCGGUGAUGCGGGGAAGCUUAGCGAUGCGGAUCUACGGAAGAACUACCCUGACCAUUGGGAGGAGCACCUCCAGGACAGUUACCAUCACAGGUAUCCGAGGGGUGAGAGUUACCAUGACUUGGCGGUUCGCAUGGAGCCCAUCAUCCUUGAAUUGGAGCGUGAGAAAAAUGAUCUUUUGAUCAUUGCCCACGAGAGCGUUCUCCGCGUCCUUUACGGAUAUCUGAUGGCCUGCUCCACCCAAGAUAUCCCCAGCUUGGUCUUCCCCAGGAAUGAGAUCGUUGAGAUCAUUCCUGAGUCUUACAACAACAAGAGCAAGAGGAUCAAGAUUGCCAACACCAAUGCCAAGGGCGAAUACAUCGCGUAAGCAUUCGUAAUGAACGAAAUAAUGCUGCAACGAUUGUCGGGUUUUCCUUUUUUCUUUUUCGAAACGAGUCGGCAUCGCAGGUGUUAAGGUGUUCACAUAAACUGGGUUUCUCUUGUCUGUUUCUCUUGAUUGUUUCUUCAAUCGUGGUUUUUUUGCUUGUUUGCGAUCUACACUGUGCUUGCGUAGGGGAUGGGCGGGAUUGAAUGAGCGUCCGACUUUCGUUCGGGAAUAAUGUGUGAUUUGCUUAUUUGUAGGGGCUUGAUAUCCUGGAGUUUCUUGGGCAUUGGGUUUCCUUAGGCGUAUAUGGGCUAUGUACGCGAUAUGAAUCCAAUGUCUUCAAUGGGUAGUCUUGCUCUUGUCCCGGAUGGUCACAGACUGUCAAUCAUCGACGGCUGCUACGGUAGGCUCGCUGCUGAUCCUAUCCUCUCGAUUAUGGGCUUAAUAGCCGAGCGACGC